UCAAUCACGUUAUUCUGGAAAGGAAAGGAAGGCUACGGAGAGGAAGUUUUGUACAUUAAAUCUCUGGAUGACAAGAUUUUUGUUCCCUGCGUGAAAUCCUUUGUUUCUUUAAUCACGCCGGCCAGAACACUUUCCUUUUAAGCUGACAAAAAUUCUGGCGUAUGAGCAUAGCACCAAAAUUCAAACUUUGCCGCCAAAAGCCCCUUUAAAUACUGCACGUAUGUUUACCCGCCAAAGUCACCUCUUCCCGGUUGAUUUCUUUCUACCCUCAUUUAUUUCUAAACCACUCAAAAAGAAAAAAUGGUGAUGCCAUACCGUAUGUAUCCAUCAAGGCGCGUCCAUGCACCGGCACCGGAGAACUUCUUUCCGGGAGGCAACAUGAGGGACAUGGAUGUUGUGAGGACGAGAGAUGGGGUGAGACUGAGAGAUACACUCUUCCGUACCGUGGAAGAGGUACAUAUAUUCCAUGAUAGCUGGAGGAUUCAGGCGAAGGUCGUCUACAAGGCGCAGAUCAGGCUGAUUCGCGUUGGCAUCCCGUAUCUCCGAACAAUAUUGGUGGACGAGGAGGGUACCAAAAUUGAGGCUGUUGUGUACGACGACCAAGCGGAUCGGUUCAACACCGCUCUCCGCACCGGCUCGGCCUACGUGUUCAGCAAUGUGGGCUUCAUGGACACAGAAGCGGCAUUUGAGGUCGAGUUUAACUUACGUGCUGAUCUCUACUGCAGCAUUGGACGAAGAACGGUGCUUGACGCAGCAGCAAAUAUAAUAAUACCUGAUCUGCCGCCGCGGUGUUCAACGAAUUUCACGCUGUUUAUAGGCAGCGUGACAGAACACUCGCAGAUGUCAUAG